AUGGCCUCAGAAUAUGUGGACGGAGCGUCAUUGGAACUUGCCCCCGAGGACACAGAUGGCGGAAACCGUCGGGAGCUGAACGGCCUAUUGUCAGGGGCGCCCAGCAGUCCUCCAUAUCCAGACGGAUCAACGUCAGUAGAAAAAGGGUGGCUGGAGUCGCCGUUAUCACCAGACCGGGUCGGAGACUCGCCACCGUCAGGGUACAGCUGCUUGUACUCGGAUCCUCAGAAUUACAUCUUACCCAGCUCAAGCCCCAAUGUGAACGUCAUGGAUUCGUGUGACCAGCAAGCGAAUUGCCUGGACAUCUUCAUGGACAGCGGCACCUGCAAGACGGUGACGGGUUCGAAUGCCUCCUGGCUAUACUGUGAAGUAUGUCUGUACUGGAGCAAUGUCCGGGGCACGUGCGCCAAGUCUACUGGGGACACGGUCAGCCACGUGUGUAUGGGCGACGAGUUCUACCCGGUGAUUGCAACUGCCGGCGGUCAGCCUGCAGCCGGGAAUACGCAGAAGCUGGACGGCUGGAGCAAUGGAGCAGAGAAUCGCUACUGCCAGUGGGUCCGCUGGAAUAGCAGCAACUUCGAUACGGAGCUGGUCCACUUCACGGUCAAGGACGGCACUGGAGCCUGUCGCGAUGCUCCGGGCCCGCUGCAGGGUGGCAUCGAGACCUGCUCGGACCAAGCUGGCUGCCUAGACAUCUUCAUGGACAGCGGCACCUGCAAGACGGUGACGGGUUCGAAUGCCUCCUGGCUAUACUGUGAAGUUUGUCUGUACUGGAGCAAUGUCCGGGGCACGUGCGCCAAGUCUACUGGGGACACGGUCAGCCACGUGUGUAUGGGCGACGAGUUCUACCCGGUGAUUGCAACUGCCGGCGGUCAGCCUGCAGCCGGGAACACGCAGAAGCUGGACGGCUGGAGCAAUGGAGCAAAGAAUCGCUACUGCCAGUGGGUCCGCUGGAAUAGCAGCAACUUCGAUACGGAGCUGGUCCACUUCACGGUCAAGGACGGCACUGGAGCCUGUCGCGAUGCUCCGGGCCCGCUGCAGGUCACCCUCCAGGGCCUCACAGCUACUUGCCAGGCCCCCCGGGUCGUCAAUAACACGCUGGCGGGCUGCGGGACUGGAGACCAGGCCAACGAAUGUCUGUGGAGCUUCAAUGGUGGCAUCGAGACCUGCUCGGACCAAGCUGGCUGCCUAGACAUCUUCAUGGACAGCGGCACCUGCAAGACGGUGACGGGUUCGAAUGCCUCCUGGCUAUACUGUGAAGUUUGUCUGUACUGGAGCAAUGUCCGGGGCACGUGCGCCAAGUCUACUGGGGACACGGUCAGCCACGUGUGUAUGGGCGACGAGUUCUACCCGGUGAUUGCAACUGCCGGCGGUCAGCCUGCAGCCGGGAACACGCAGAAGCUGGACGGCUGGAGCAAUGGAGCAGAGAAUCGCUACUGCCAGUGGGUCCGCUGGAAUAGCAGCAACUUCGAUACGGAGCUGGUCCACUUCACGGUCAAGGACGGCACUGGAGCCUGUCGCGAUGCUCCGGGCCCGCUGCAGGUCACCCUCCAGGGCCUCACAGCUACUUGCCAGGCCCCCCGGGUCGUCAAUAACACGCUGGCGGGCUGCGGGACUGGAGACCAGGCCAACGAAUGUCUGUGGAGCUUCAAUCAGCCCUCGCCAGCUAAGCCGCCUAGCCCGCAGCCACCGCCGCCGCAACCGCCCUCGCCACCUAAGCCGCCCAGCCCACAGCCACCGCCGCCGCAACCGCCCUCGCCGGUUAAGCCACCAAUCCCACAGCCACCACCUCCGCAGCCGCCCUCGCCACCUAAGCCGCCUAGCCCUCAGCCACCGCCGCCGCAACCGCCCUCGCCGGUUAAGCCACCUAGCCCACAGCCACCACCUCCGCAGCAGCCCUCGCCAGCUAAGCCGCCUAGCCCGCAGCCACCGCCGCCGCAACCGCCCUCGCCACCUAAGCCACCUAGCCCACAGCCACCGCCGCCGCAGCAGCCCUCGCCGGUUAAGCCACCAAUCCCACAGCCACCACCUCCGCAGCCACCCUCGCCACCUAAGCCGCCCAGCCCACAGCCACCGCCGCCGCAACCGCCCUCGCCGGUUAAGCCACCAAUCCCACAGCCACCACCUCCGCAGCAGCCCUCGCCAGCUAAGCCACCCAGCCCGCAGCCACCACCUCCGCAGCCACCCUCGCCACCUAAGCCGCCCAGCCCACAGCCACCGCCGCCGCAACCGCCCUCGCCGGUUAAGCCACCAAUCCCACAGCCACCACCUCCGCAGCCGCCCUCGCCAGCUAAGCCGCCUAGCCCGCAGCCACCGCCGCCGCAACCACCCUCGCCACAGGGGCCUUUCGACGCAUGCACUGGCCAGGCUGGCUGCCUGGAUGUCUACAUUGACAGCGGCACGUGCGAGUACAUGCCGGAAAGCAACGGCAGCAGCGGGAGCGGCGCAGGCAAUAAUGCUGAUUCUGAUGAUGAUGGUGGGGAGGGCAGCUGGUUUUACUGCCAAGUGUGCCUGUAUUGGAGCACCAGCCGGGAGGAAUGCACCAGGGAGGAUGGCGAUGUGUAUAGCGCCGUGUGCAUGGGGGAUCGACAAGACGCCGUGAUGCCUGGCCCGGGGUGGAAGCCCAAGUCGGGUGAUACAAGAAAGCGACUGGACUGGAGCUCAGGCAUAUCAGAUCGCUACUGCCAGUGGGUCCGCUGGAACGAGACCAACUUCGGUACGGAGACCGUGCGUUUCUCGGUCAAGGAUGGCAGCGGCACCUGUCGUGAAGGCGAUGGCAAAUUGAACGUCACGCUGCAGGGCAUUGGCGCUACCUGCCAGGGCCCUCGGCGGAUCAACGGCUCCUUUGCUGGCUGCGACGACACCGAAGACCAGGCCUACGACUGCCUGUGGUCUUUCAGCAUACCCCGCCCAGGGACACCGGACUUUAAGUGCGCCAGCUUGCCGCAAAGCUCCCCUCGGCCGCCAUGGCGCCCGCCCGUUAUUCCGCCAAGCCCACCUAAGCCCCCGGUAUCCCCGCCGGCCUCCCCUCGGACCGGUCCCCCCAGUCCAUCUGUGACACCCUAUCCGCUUGACUGCGUCUACAGCGACCCCGGCAAUUACAGCCUCAUCGACGUCCCCGGGGAUGGGUGCACAACUCAGGCCAGCUGCUUGGACGUUCACUUUGACAGCGGAACGUGCAUUGUGACAACGGAGGACAUUGAUGGUGGGGGCAACGAGAUUAACGACGGUGGAUCUCCAGCGUGGCUGUACUGCCAAGUGUGCCUGUACUGGAGCAACAUGCGGGGUGGCUGCUCCAAGGGCAGCGGCGAUCUCAUGGAGCAAGUGUGCAUGGGAGACCAGGGCUAUCCAGUCAUGCCAAGAGCCGGCAGCAUACCCAAAGCUGGAAACACGUCAAGCUUGGUUCAAUGGGGCUUUGGAGUUGCCAAUCGCUACUGCCAGUGGGUCCGCUGGAACGAGACCAACUUCGGUGCGGAGACCAUACCCAUGCUCUACACGUAUCCUUGCAAGGGAUAA